AUGGGCUUGGCAGAAAAAGGCAAAACACCGGUUGCCCAGGCCAUUGCCAUGUGUUUCUCGGAGUAUCUCAUUCUGAAGGAUGGCAUGGAGUCCGAGUAUUCUCCGGGUUUCCGCAUCUGCUCUUCCCUGGACCAACUUCGCGGUGAGUCUGGCCUCAAAAACAGGCCAGAUAUCCUGGAUGACGGUGAUUCGUCUUCCAUCCCGGUGACGAAACUGAAGAGUUUCCUGGAUUCGAGCCUCGUCGAGACUCAUACCGUCGAGCGGUGGACUGCAGCCCGCUUUGUCAAGGGCCAGCUGCGUAUAUUGUGUGACAAUAAAGUCGACGAGGAUGCGGAGAAAGGUACGCCCGAGGGUGCCAUGAGUGUGAAGUUCGAGACGUUUAUGGAGAUGACGGCGCCAGCUUUUCCGGAAAAAGCUAGCUCGCAAGACGAAAUGGCUUGCUACAAGCGGGCGCAUUGGAUCGUCAACAUGCCUGGGGCUGUUUAUCUUCGGCCUGCAGGGACUUCGAAGGACAACGUUCGCCGCAUUCCCUACAUAGGCGGCGUGACAGACUUCAUCAGCCCGGAAGGCCACGAGAUCUUGGGUCGCUGUACGACGGCAUCACAGAGCCUCCUGAGAACUGGGCCACAAAGCGACAGUGGAGUCAUACGCCGUUCGUCCGGCAGUUCCGAUCGCCGGGAGAUCCAGAUCCAGCGGGAGAUCAAGCCCAAGUUACCAUUUUCUGGUUACGUUUCUCCUGACUUUGUCCCGAAGACCGAUGCGAACAUCCCCUCUGCCUUUGUCCCGGACAUUGACAACAACAGGUACUCAAGCCCCAAGCCGAACAGAGUCAGUGCCGCAGAAGCUUCUCUUUCACAGCCAAAGCUUGUCCAGGUGAAGCAAGAACUUGAAGAUGACGUGGCCGAUGAGAUGGAUGUGGAGGACGAGGAUGUCCUUCUUUCUGUUGGUGAGAAGCCGGAUGAGUGA